CAUCUACACUGGUGAUCUACAAUAUAUAAAGAUUUACACUUGUAACUUUUCAUAUGGAGAUGAGGACAAAGAUCUUGCUUUACAGUUCCAUAUCCCCAACUGUUCAGUAAACUUACUGGUUAAGAUAUUGUAGCCGGUGACAAUAUUACUGUUAACAUACUUUAUAGAUAUGGCAAUGAUCUAGAAACGAACUGUUCAUUGUGAAUAUAUUUACACUCAUAUAAUAAAUGAAGUUUUGUAGAGAUAAGAAAACCGAUAGUAAGUCUUAGAAGACUAAAAAAAAAAACCCCGAUCAGGUUUUAGUAAUUCUGUUCAUCAAUCAAUAAAUAGCUCAUUCAUAUACUACACUUUGAACUGUUUAUCCACCACCAAGUAACUAUUCGAUUAUCACCUACUAUAAUUAAUGUUUCUCAGCUCAAGUAUCUCACGAAUGACCUUCUCAUCGUGAAGCCAAUCAGAAUAAUUCAUAUUGUCAGGUGAAUAACGGUUUGAAAGUGAACUAUUAUUGGUAGUGUAAUAUUCUGAUUGGUUAUUCAGGGAAGUUGAGCCAACACAAUUGGUGUUAUGAAUUGGCAUGAGGAAAGGAAUUUAAUUUCGUUGAGUUGCACUGGUGAUCUGUACUUCUAUGUUUACAAUGUUACCAAUUAAAGAAAUCAAUAAACAUGAUACUCAACGAGAAUGUAACCGACAAUUUGCAAAUAAUAAUUCAAUGGUAAGAUAUUUUACGGUUUGAUUAUAUUUUUACAUAACAUUGACUUAAUUAAUUGAAGACAAGGUUCUGGAAAGAGGAUAGUUCUUUUGAAGCAAACUAUAGUACCAUUAACUUAACAGGUGAAGGAAAACAAUCAAUUGAUCUCACAAGAACAAAAAGCUUUGAAGGAACUUAGAACUAGAAAGGAUAUUGUCAUAGUUCCAGCGGAUAAAGGAUGCACUACUGUAAUUAUGAACAAAGAAGAAUACAUCAAAAAAGCCGACGGGGGGUGGAAACUUUGCAAUUUUGAAUGUCAAUCCUUAAUGAGGAUAGUCACAUUUAAGGAGUACUUAUAAGAUUCACUUGUUAACAUUUGUAAACGUUAGAAUAAGUAGAAUGUAGAGUAUAUUUGUGUAUUCAGUCAGUCAGUCAGUCAGCCAGUCAGUUACAACGUAGGACCAAGCACAUAUAUGCAUCGUUCCAAGUUGCCACACCUCAUUAGCAUAACAAGAUGAACAUUAAAUUAAAUAAGGAUAAUAUUUGGAAUAAAUGCCGAUGGUAUGAGACAACGGAACUACUAACCGGAUGAGAUGUUGGAACCAGGACUAUGAAAUAUAAUAAUUAUUGUUAUUGAGCGUUCGAUACGUUAUUCACAAUUAUAAAGAAAUCCAAAAUAAUCAAAUUUAGUUUAUGUUUUUGCAUUGGUUCACUUCAGACCCAAUAAUCGAGUUAUAUAUAAUAUACCCUUGUGGGCCAGGGUAAGUUUACAUUGGUUUACAGGAGAACCAGACACCAUCCAGACUUUCAUGUGACAACCCAAACAGUACAGCUCAACCCCAAUUCACAGGAGAACCAGACACCGUAUAGGUUUUAAUUCUACAAUUUGAAUAGUGCAGCUCAAUCCUGUGGCGCAACCACACAAGUACCAACCACCCUGGUGGACCAUUCGCACCAUUCAUAUACACAUUCACAUCACAUGUAUAGUUGUUCCGAUCAAUGAUCGCGUGAAUCAAUUGUGCACAGGAAGAACAGGCCAAAGUUUACCCAUUCCGCUUACACGACAGUCAAACUCAUUAAUGUUAGCAAUCACGACAUGCCUGACAAUGGCCCUCGAGAACACUGAAAAGCAACCAUCAGUAUGAAUGAAAUCGGUUAACCAGCAAACCAAUUUUGUUCAUGAACAGUUAGCAAAACUUGCCGAAGCAUUGCUGAACCAUCCACAAUAUAAAUGGUGAACCUCCGGUCUCAUAUGAAGUCUUCAAUUCUACAUAGCCGUACAGCUUAUACAGUAUACAAAGCAUAUGUAGGGUAGUAAGCGAAAUAGCCCAGCCUGAAGCGUUGGGGCUUGAAGAACGCUUAAAACCCAUUGUCUGUUGUCGGAAUACUAUUACAACACCACCAAGAUCAUUUUUAUCGCAUUCGUGAGAUUUUCAUUUUUCCGACUUUUCAGACCCUGAGUUAGGGGUAGUAUCCUGAGUAGUCUUCCGUAUUAUGAAAAUCUUCCUAUAAACUUCAUCUACAUAUCCUAUUCAUCUCUACAUUACCACACCUAUAUUUUUUUUGCGAUUUAACUCACCAUUCUGUCUCUGCAUAUGUAUGCAACAAAUUCCAUAUUCACCAUACAUUGAUUAUAACUUAAUUAAGUACCAGGGCAUUUGUUAGCCGUCUAAUUCUGCUGGCGUUGGUCUCGCACUGCGCACCAAAGUUGAGGCAUCACUAAUCGAUUAAAUCUACAUUAACAGCCGAUUAUGUGCUGUUAGAUAAGAAAACUUCAUCGAAACGAGAAGGAAUUGGUGUGAAAAAUAAUGUCUUACGGCUUAUGCUAAUAUGGUCCAUCUUUGAUACCUUCGUGAUGUUACUCUAAAUGUGAAAGUUAAGAUUUAUGAUGUGUCGGAGAGAAGUAGUGUUUGCUCCAUGUAUAUGAAACCUCUCCUCUCUGAGCUGAAGAUGUUAAACGACUCUCUGUAUUUAAUCAUUGUUUUUUUCCGACGGACGUCUGACAUUCAGUGACAGUACCAUAACUGUAAUGAAAAAGUUCAGCAAAACGUGUUCGGGUACAGCGACAAAAAUUUGAUUGGAACACCAAAUUUGAUGACUUAAGCAUAUCUUUUGAAUAUUAUCCCAGCCAAUUUCAAAUCAUGCAUUAUUUUACAACGCUGGACUAGUUAGAGAUAGUAGAGAGAUGUUUAGUGUAUGGGAUCGUGUUACGGUAUGAAAGUAAGUUGUACAAAACUGAAAUUUACUGGCAUUUCAUAAAUCCCUGAUUGAGGUUCUAAUGAUAGUGCAACACAGUGGCUUGAAUAGUUAUCAAAGAUGACUUUAUAAUAGAAUUCACAAAUUGAUCAUCAACACUUAUAACUAACUUAAGUUUAUUGUUGUAUUAUAAUCAGAUCUCUUGUGUUGUAUUCCUAAGCGCAUUAUCUAAACACAAAAGCUCACUAUAUCCGGUUAGGUUGCUUCGUUGGGAAAAUUGAUUCCAAAACAUGUAGUUUGUUCAAUUUACUAGAUAUUUAUUACAUUCCAUGAAGAACAAAUUUGUUACUUUAAAAUAAUUAGUCCCUUUGAUAAAUUGUCGAUCAUGUAAUGAGAAGAUCAAGUUUAUCAGAACGAAUGUGAUAAUAUAUUUGCGUAAAACAUUUUGUGCCCCCAAACGCCCUGGUACGGCCGAGAGCGGGAAGAGUCCGCUCUCCCUCUCGAAAUGCUCUCACUUGGCCAUGCGUAUAUAGCCUCUGCCAGGGAAGUCCUACUCACUGCAUUCUCGUGACACAGGUGUUGUUUACAAAAAUGAGAGGACGAAAAGCGAAUGUCCGGCGCUUUAACCGGAACCCAAACCAAUGGUGCACAUGGGCUCCAAUAUCCUGACGGAACAAAUGGCGUAUGAACCAAUCGUUAGUCACCAGCUACCAUGGGACUGAAUUGAAUAAGUACUUUUUCUUUUAAUUGAACAUGUACUUUAUACUUAUUAUUUAUGAUCUAUUGAGUUUCAGCGGAAUGGUUCCAUGUAUAGUAAACCAUAUAAUAUGAAAUAUCAAUCAAAUGAAAAUGUAUUACAUAACAUUGAUCCUAUACCAUCAUUGUUAGAUCAUAUUACAAAUGGAUUAGAACAAUUAGAAUUAAUUCCAUCUUAUUUUUGUCUUGAUUAUGAAGAUGAAAUUUAUUAUAGUGAAUUAGAUUACAAUUUAGAUAGUUGAUGAUGAUGAUGAUGAUCGUGAUCGUGAUCGUGAUGAUGUAAUAGAUGAAUAGAUACC